UGCACAUGUUCGACUCCUAACUCAGCGCACAAUGGGGUCUAUUUCUGUAAGCGCUCUAGGGUUAUCACCCCACUUGCGGUGACUCUCUCCCUCCGUCUAUUUCUGUCGUCCAGUCUCUUUUCCCAACACUCUAACCUACUUCCACACCAUCAUGGCCGACAGAACCAGCCGGUUAGGGGUUCGCAAGAAGGAGAAAACGCCGGAAACCAAAGCGAACGAGGAGAAGGACAAGGAAAAGGCCAAAGAGAAGGCGGUGAAGAGCCCGGACAAGCAUAGUAAAGCGCAAGAGAAGACCCCGGAGCCGCAGAAAACAGACGAGAAGAAGACAAAUGGGGAAAGCGAAGGGGCAGCGGGAGCAGAAGCCACUAACAGUGAGGGUAAUGGAGAGUUUCAGCCCAUAGAGCUGCCUCCUUUUGAGAUUGUCACUGGGGAGCGGAUGAGCCCGUUCUACUUCAAGUUUCAGUUCAGGAAUGUGGAGUAUUCAUCAGGCAGGAACAAAACAUUCCUGUGUUUUAGAGUGGACUCUGCAGGAGGCAGCGAGGAACCUCUCAAAGGCUACAUGGAGGAUGAACAUGCCACCGCCCACGCUGAGGAGGCCUUCUUUCAACAGGUUCUCCCAAACCCUUCCAAGGAAUAUGACGUGACAUGGUACGUAUCAUCCAGUCCCUGUGCAGCUUGUGCAGUCAAGCUGGCCAACAUCCUCCAGCAGCGCAAGAAGCUUCGUCUCUCCGUUUUCUGCUCCCGUCUCUUUGAAUGGGAGGAGCCGGAGAUCGUGGAAGGCCUGAAGGCUCUGGUGCAGGCCGGCUGCAAGCUGCGGAUGAUGAAGCCCAUUGACUUCCUGCAUGUUUGGGAAAUGUACGUGGAACAGGAGGGUGAGACCUUUACACCAUGGGAAGAUUGUCAGGAGAACUACGAGUACUACGUUGAGAGACUGACCGAUAUCCUCAAGUAGACGUCCGUCCUGACUGAACCACAAAGCAGCCUGCAUGUGAAAUUAUCACAGUCUUUUUUUUUUUUCCCCAUUUUUUUUUUUUGCUGUCACAUCUGAUAUUGCAGAUCAAUUUUUAACUGAAUGAUCACUUGCAGCAACGUUUUAUACUUUUUAUUUGUAAAAAAAAAAAAAAAAAAAAUACAUGAAGGCACAUGAUUUGUAGAUAAAUAUCUCAAACAUUAUGCAACUUGUCGCUUUUUAAAGAGCAAAGCAAUUACAUUCAGUCAUUAACCGUUUGAAACAUUAAAAACAAAACUGGAAGCAGUUA